AUGCCGUCAGGUUCCGGUUAUGACGCCGUUGUUGACGUCGACGAUGAGGGUGAUCUCGGCCACACUGAUCUUCAAGACGAUCUCGAAUUUCACACAUCAAAUUUCACGGACACGGCACCAGGCGCUCGCAAGCCUCCUUCUUCCGGACUUCCUCCUCCCGCGACGGCCUCCUCCGGCUCCUCGAAACGCUUCCUAUGGAGCUUGAACUUCUACGCCCAGUACUUCGAUGUCGACACCUCAGCCGUUCUCUCCCGCUGCUGGGCCGCCCUGUUCCCGCGCGCAAACUUCCUCGACGUCCUCGAGGGUAACCCCGACCUCUACGGCCCCUUCUGGAUCGCCACGACCGUCGUCCUGAUCCUCUUCCUCGGUGGCACCAUCAGCCAGUACCUCUCCAGCACCGGCACCGGGCCGUUUGCUUAUGACUUUAAGCUUCUCAGCGGCGCCGCUGGUCUCGUCUACGGCUACACUCUCUUUGUCCCCGUGGGCCUCUAUCUAGCCCUCCGCUACUUUGGCUCCGAGUCCGCCAACCUCCUCGAGUGCUGGGCUCUGUAUGGCUACGCAAAUCUGAUUUGGAUCCCCGUUGCCCUCAUCAGUUGGUCCCCGAUCAACAUUCUUAACUGGGUCUUCGUCGCCGUCGGCUGCGGCAUGUCCGUCGCCUUCCUGUUGCGCAACCUAUACCCGGUCCUCAGCGCCACCGACCACCAGACGAGCAAGAUUCUUCUUGUCGUCGUCGUCGCCUUGCACCUCGGCCUGUCUCUCGCAAUUAAGAUUCUCUUCUUCGCGCACGGCAGCCCCGUCGCGAGCAACCCCGCGCAGCCUCCUGCCGAGGGACAGCCUCCCAAGCCCGAAUUCUUCUAA